AUGACACAGAGAUUGCCAUGGAUCAAUGCUAUCAGCCAGGAAAUGAAGAGCUCUGCCGUGGGCGACAUCUUCAAGGUGUGUUCCGCUCUCCAUGCGAGUAUCUGGGCUAUAGAUUCAGGAGUCAUCCAGAUUCUUCUCGACCUCGCACACCCCCGCCUGGGAGUUCCCAUGCCCAGAUACGCGCUCAGGCGAUAUCUGAGCACUGGAGAGCCACCUCGUGACCAGGAGCACGCUGAACCGCUGUCGCAGCUACGGGCCCAUCUCCCGGUUCAGUUCAGGUUGGCCGGCACUGACCGCGUCAGUGUCUUGGAGAGCCAUGUCUAUGGAAUACUUGAGAGCAUCUUUGACGCGCUUCUUGUUGUACAGAACCCCAGCUUUCUCUACGCACGGUUAAUGGACAUCGACAUCGUUCCUACAUCAGACGACUACGCAGACUUCGUAACCACAUAUCAUCAUGUGCUUCGUUGGAGUAUAUGGAGGCUCUAUGCAUGGACGGUCGUAGGAUUGCCUCCCCCCUCGAUUUGCUUGAUCAACAACUUACCGGCGGAGAUACUGGGGAAAGUCUUUGGGUUUGUCUCCCAGCCUUCGGAGAACCAACGCCCCACCUUCCUCAAAGUCACGUAUGUGGACCAAUCGCGAGACGUGUCAAGCCAUCUUCCGCUUCGCUUGGUCUGCAAGCACUGGAGCAUCCUAAUCGAUGAUACACCAACACUCUGGUCCCGUAUGGUGAAAGGGUUCGGAGACUUCUGGACGGAGCGUGCAUUGCGAGCCUCCAAGGAUACCGACCUUUUUGUCGCAGUCACCCAGGACGACUUCCUAUACGGCCAUCUGAUAGACAACGCCCAGCGAUUGUUGGGUCACGCGUCACGCUUCAGCACGCUCUCUCUCAGCGGCCUCACCUGGGACGCGAUCGCCCAGAUCACCUUGGCGCUGGGAAUGGUCCCUUUGGACAGACUUGUGUCUCUGACCGUCGAAGCGCAUGGACCCAACGCGCGCAUUCCGACCCAUAUGUUCACGAGAACGAGCCAUUCUCGUCUCACCACCCUAAAGGUCAUGAACUGUCGAAUACAAGACCCACGUCUCGCUCUGCGCCAUUCGCUUACUCGAUUGACUCUCAUCUGGUGCGAUGUAUGGAUGUCUAUUGACGACAUGUUUGCGACUUUGCUGCGCUGUCCUGGACUAGUGCGCUUCGAAUGGUGUAUGUCGCAGAACAGUCGGGCUUGGAUCAGCGGCGGAACACAUGAACUUGACAGCGCUCAAUUCCUCUCCUCAACGAGAGCGCGACGUCUCUCGACCGUCGCUCUUCCGCACCUCCAGUACAUCGCCUUGGAAUGCCAUGCGGCGGUAUUCAACGCGAUCCUGAGUGGCAUCACUCUCCCUUCACAAUAUCACGUCCGUCUCCUCGACGAUUACGACCUCAUCGGAGAAAGGCGCCACGAUCUCGAAGUUAUGGAUUCCAUACUCCAGGGGUUGGACUCAUCCCUCGGCGCUCAUUACUCCACGUCCCGUUCGCCAGGCGCGAUUACAGCCUUCCGAACCAUCGCCAUCAAUGAAGUCACAGGCUCCGGCCCGAGCGAUCGCAACGCCUUUACAGUACACGGGUCGACCAAGCAGUCGCUCCCACAUAGCCAGUUCGCUCAGCAGGACUUCAUGGAGGGUGCUUCGACAUUCACAAUUACCUUCCUCAUCCCCUCCGCCAUGCUUGUCAACGACCACGAAAGACUCCUGAGCAUUCACGAGGACGUUGUCACUCGCUUCGUCGCGCACAUAUUGGCCUGGCCUUCUAUGCGCACCAACGUACAGAAGCUGGUCACGGGUCACGCAAUCCAUGCAAGCCCGCCCGUGUGGUCGUCAACUCUCGCACUUGUUCCGCAGCUCGUGGAGCUUUAUCUCGAAUACACCCCGAGUCAGCAAAACUCAUCUAUCGUGUACGGGUUUGCUAGCGCCCUCUCUUUGCAACAUCGACUCAUCCCCAACCUGCGCAAGCUUUCUCUGGGACCUCUGGCCGGUCUUGAUUCCUUUGAUCGGGAUGCACUGAUUCAUGCAAUCCAUGAUCGUCAUAAGGCGUACGACUAUCCCGAGAUAGCAGUCAAUCUGGUGAACGUCGACGAAUGGCUGGACGAGGACGAGGUUGACGAGUUCAAGUCGAUGGUAGCGGCUACGGGAGCUGGAUGGGUGGAAGUAGUAGACUAG